GGGGUGGGGAUGGAAGAGGAAGGCAGCUGGUCCCCAGGGCCCCCUCGAGCAGCUCCCGGCGGCCGCUGCGAGGCCUGGACCAUGCCCGCGGCCUCGGGGCUCCGACCCGCAGGGGCGAUCGGUGCCCCGCGCCGGCCCGCCCGGCCCGGGCAACCGCACGUGCGUGUAGGAGAUCCCAAGCGAGGGGAACCCCCUAGUUCUUGCCUCUGGCGAGUGCGGACUGGUCAGCCUCAGCCGCGGAAACAACCUGGUCCCUAAUGUCGACCGUGGCUCGGAAGCUCCCUUUACUCCGAAGAUUCAAGGUAUUCGCUGAGCCCACCACGUUGUCCUCCCGGUUCUCAGGCAUCAGUCGCAAGCCCCGUGAUGUUUCCAGUGCGGUUUUCAUUCGCCAUGAUUUUGUGGGGUCACUCUCAAGGUUUUAUCAGACGUCUCCCAGGUGGCGAUAAGGAAAAUACCAUUUCUGCACAGUAUCUGUUGAUGUGAGACAUUGGAUUGAGCAGCUUUCUGUGUUGAUGUCAGAAUAAAUGCGUUCACAAUUGA